AAAAAUCCAUAAGCGAAUUCCCUCCCACUUUCCAGUUUCUUUCUCUGCCUUUAUUUUUUUGGGGAGAAAAUUUUAUAUCUGAAUUUCUGCCAAAAAAAGAAAAGAAAAAAGAAGAUGGAUUCAGACAUGGCCAUUGAAGAUUUCGAAUUAGAAGAGGAGGACCCGUUUCUCAGAUUCAUCGAAUAUGCCAGAUCCAUAAUAUACCCUGAAGAAGAAGAAGAGCAAGACCAAGAUAUGGAUCCCAAAAUUCGAAAUAAAGCAGAGACCAAACGACCCAGCUGGAAUUGGAUUGCUUCUCGGAUCCUCAAGACUUGUACUGCUUAUUCCAGUGGUGUUACCCCUGCGAUUCUUCUCUCCGAUAUCUCUCAGGCGUGGAGUGAGCAACAUAGAGAUGGGACCACUAAGAAGAGGCCUGAAUGUAUCAACCAGUUGAGGAAGAAACAUAGAAGAUCAAAGCUUCCAAACACUGUCUUGAUUGACUCCAUUUAUGAAAAAAAUUUCUUGUCUUUGAGUAGUGUUUUGGAAGCUAUUGUUGUCGAUGCUUAUUUUCUCCCAGGUACGGACAUCUACAUGCUUAAGUUGGGGGAUAUUUGGAGUUCGAAUACUAUUGAUCUUUAUCUCCACCGCAGAUAUUAUGACCUGGCCGAUCCUACGAAUGGGAUAUUGAAGAAAGGAAGGGAAAUUCUUCUCACUGGAUGCUAUCUUCGUACUGCUGCUGAAGGAUCUUGUUAUCCACGGCUUUUGCCAACAGACUAUUUGGUGAUUUUGUUGGAUGAGGAUGAGGAUGAUGAUGCAAUGCUGCUAGCGGCUCAGUUUUGUUCAGAUUCAUUCUCUUCUAUUUCUCUCGAUAAAGUCAACAGAGGAGUUCCUUAUUCAUUUUAUGCAAGGAUUGAAUCUAUUGGGUCACUGGAAAUUCAUGGAAAGAUUGAUAGUGUACAGAAGAAACAAAUCACUCUUGUUGACAAUGAUCAUAAUAAAUUAAAGUUCUUGUUGUGGGGCGAGCAGGUUCUGCUGGCUAAUCUUUUCAGCAUUGGAAGUAUGCUUGCGCUUGAUAGGCCAUAUAUUGCAACUUCUCUAGAUGGUGCAGUUGAAGCAAGUGCUGAAAUCUGUCUCGAGUAUGGUAGCGCAACGCAAUUAUAUUUGGUUCCUUUCGUUCAGCAUGAGGAACAAAUUUCUAUAACUUUGACACAAAAUCGAUAUCAAGGAUCAGGACCGCUAUGUACAGUACAUCCCAGUACAGGCCCCAAAUUUUCUCAAGUUUCCUUGCCGCGAGAUUCCCAAGGGUCAAUUGACUUCAGUAAUUAUCCUUUUCAACCAUUUGUUACUGACCUUCAAGACAAGAUGACUGGCAUUAGCCUCUAUGGCGUUGUCACCAAUAUUAUGAAAGAAAGAGGAACUACACAAGCUGUUUUCAUUCUGAGAAUCGAAGAUGCUACUGGAGAAAUUUUGGCUAAGCUACAUUUUGCCAAAUCUUGGUCACUGGGAAGAUUAAGUCUUGGCCACACAGUGUACAUAUCUGGCCUGACAUGCUCUAUGACAAAGCAGAAUUGUCUAGAAGCAUUAUGGUUUGAAAAUGAUGUUGGAGCUUCUUUUGUCAACCUCAGUUCCAUGCCAGCUUUGUUAAACUCAUCCUGUCUUCAAAAGUUGUCGAAUCUUUCCAAUUUAUCUAAACAAACCAGCUGUCCACAGAUAGUUCAGGUUUGGCUUCAAAUGGCACAUUGUCAUGUCGAUACAAGAUUUUCACAUUCCAUCUGUGGUCAUUUUAUCAGCAACACAACUGCUGGAGUUUCAGAAUGCAGCUUCUGUCAUCAAACUUUCGAUACUGAAGUUGUCCGAAGUUUCUACCUAAAAAUCACUCUUGCAGAUGAGCGUGGGAAAGUUUUUGCUUGGUCUACUGGUCCAGCUGCAACUGAAUUGUUACAAAUAUCUCCCAACGAAUUCUAUGAGCUCCCUGAGGAAGAACAAGUUAUGUAUCCAUCUUCAUUAGAGAAUGAGAGGUUCAUGGUUGCAUUAGUUAAUUGCAAGAGGCAAAUUUCUGGAGUCAAUGAUGGUUUUCUGCUUGAAGGUGAUGCAAUUUCAUGGGAGAUUACUUGUGCAUUAAAAUGUGAAUAAUGUUGAGCUGCUGAAAAGAUGUUUUGAAUUAUCAAAAUAUACAUACAUAAAUAUUUUUUUGGUCGGGAAAUUCGAACUCAUAUUUGUUAAAUGAAAUUUGGCAAAGCUACUGGGACUGUUCCUACCCGAAGUAUUAAUAUUAUAUAUACAUAUAUACAUAUAUACAUAUAUACAUAUAUAUAUAUAUUCAAAAUUUUGGAAA